CACGAGUUUCUUCUUGGGUGACCGACUAGCCGAAUAGACAGAGUCUAUAGAACGUCGAGAGAUCGAAAUUAAAAGAAGAAUCAUUCUGCCUGAUUUAACCUCAUAUUUUAUAAUAAAUUGUGAUAUACUUGAUGAAUAAGUUUGUGUUAUAAUUUGAAAGGUAAAAAAUGCCUUUUAUGAUAGGACGUGCUCCUAUAAGGAGAACUAUCAAAUACUUAGAAGCAGGAAAAUUAGUUUUAAAAGAUAAAAUCAAGAUUGUAACCGUGAAUUAUAACACCUAUGGCCAAACACAUCGCGGUACAUACGACUUUGUUUUUUGGUAUUUGCCUCAAAUUCAGUAUAAAAACCCCCAAGUACAGAUAGCUACAUUGAAGAAUAUGACACCUACUCCUUUUGUGAGAUGUUUUUAUGAUACUGGAGAACAAAUGCUUAUUGAUACAUACGACCGUUCUAAAGAAGAAAUCUAUGACCAUUUGAUACAAGUUGUGGGGAAAACAAAGGAUGUAUUGGAAGCAGAAGCGAUAGCAAAAGAAAAGAAGGAUAACCCAGCGAAUUUCGGUAAGGGGUGUGAAAGGCACUGCAUUUGUGAGAUUCCUGGGCAGUUACCCUGUCCUGGAAUAUGCCCCGUCCCUAAAGAAUGGAGGGGAAAAUACAAAUAUAAUAAAAUAGUAGAAUAGAUUGCGUUUUAGUUAAGUUUUAUGGUAUCUUUUUUUGUAAAUAAAUUGUUUUAGUUGUAUUUUGUAUUUUUAUGAAGCA